AUGCCUGUUCUGACCCCCAUAGGCGAGCUGGCAGAGAGUCUCUACAAUGCGCUUAACCUCGUAGAUUUUCAGGGAGCCGUAGCACUGGGAUCAAGGUAUCCGGCAGACCAAAGGGACAAGGUCCUUCCGCUGUUCAUCACGAGGUAUGGCGAGCUGCCCUCUGAUAUGAUAGAUAGGCUUUUUAAGCCACCGCAGAGAACAAUCCUUGCUUAUCUGUGGUCUCAGAAGCACGAGGUGCGGGCGGCAAUCCUUCUAAAUGCAAUCCGCACUUCGGAUUAUUCUACCAUGAUAGAUCUGAUUUUUCUUUCGUCGCACUCUGACUGGGAGUCUAUCCGCACACACUACACCAAAAUGUGCGGUAGACAACUUGAUGCCGAUAUCAUCGGCAGCGUCAAGCCGAGUAAAAAGGAGGCUGCCCCAAUAUGGCCAGCUCUUGCCGAGGCCUGGCUACGUGGGACGCGUUCUGAGCGAUACAAUCCAGCAAACGAAUCAGUACAGCUGGUGAAUGCCAUCAAACGGAAGGAUUUCUCUGCCAUAAUAUGGCUGAUUGCCAAUACGGUGUCCAGCGAGUGGGAAAAGAUCGUUGCCAUUACAGAGGAGGCCCUUGGGAGUACCCUUGAGGAGUUCUUUCUAUGCAAUCUUUCGUACGCAGAUUGUGCGGCUUUCAGCAUGGGUACAGGCGCUUUGAUUAAUCCCGGCCUUGGGGCAGCAUUCGCCAUAUCCCGGGCCUGCUUUACGAAUUACGAAGGAAAAGGGAAAGACACCCCCAAGGUGGAAAGGUCGGCCUCCAGACAGAUGAAGGGAUCAAAAAAGUUGAAAACUGGUACAAUAAAGUUCGAGGAGACCCGCUCUUCCAAGAAGGGUGCAGAGUACAAGGGAGAUGUGUCCCGACUAAUCCGUGUAUCGUCUCUCUUCUUCGACUCUUGUAAUAAAUGUAAGUUCUUCUAUCGCAAGUACGGAUCACUAGCAGCAGAUCUGCGCUCUGGAUUCGCGCCACCUUUAUGCGAGGCCUUCAUGCGGCUCUGGGAUGUGGAUUAG